AUGGGUCUAGUCUACGCUCAACAUUUUAGGACAUCAAACCCUACAGACGGCUCUGCGCCGGCAUCCCGCAAUUCGUCCGUGUCAUCCAAGUCGUCCCGGUCCGCCAUUUCGUCCCUUUAUUCACCCAAAUCCUCAGUCUCCUCCGGCUCAAGCAGCUCGCCACCCCAAGCGUCUCAGAAUUACCCUUCUACCCGAAUUUUGCGCUGCAGACAGUGCCAUAACCACAUAUGUCUCAGCUCUCUGAUAAUUUCGGACAACUUCAACGGGAGCCUAGGACCUGCGUACUUCGUUUCCAAGGUACUCAAUGUCAAGCUUGCCAAGGCCAGGGAGUUCAAGAGAAUGAAGACCGGACGCUACGAGGUCAAGGUGAUUGACUGUAAGCAGUGCGAUUGCUCGAUUGGGUGGAAAUACCUAUACAGCGAGGAGGACAAGGAGAAAUAUAAAGAGGGCCGCUUCGUGGUGGAGAGAGCUUUGCUGGAGGAAGUUGAAAUGUAG